AUGUACAUGCUCCUGUUUUUGUCAAAGUGUCAUAACCUGAGAGGCGCGUUGCAUCGCACGUACCUCGGCGAGUGGCUUCCCAUCGAAAACUUGCAUCACUUGCACACGUUCGCGGGCACCUUCGUGUCCGUGGAGAUCGUGUGGCACUCUUUCUGGCACAUUAUGCGGUGGGGCGUCGGCGGGGACAUCGAGUUCCUGUGGCGGCAUCGUACGGGCGUGACUGGCCUGAUAUCUCUGAUUUGCACGCCGUUCAUUGCGUAUCCGAUGAUGUUCCAGAGGUUGAAGAAAUCCAUCCCGUACGAGCGACGCAAGGCGAUGCACUAUCUGUCGGCGGUGUGGGGACUCUCCAUCAUGUUUCACGCCCCCGCCACCAACAUCUUCUGGGUCAUGGGCGCCUGCGUCUUCCUCUAUCUGGGCGACUGGCUCGUGGGAUACUUCGUCGGCACAUUUUACUGCCCGACGCUGAUGAUGACACCGCUGGGUGAGUCCGCGGUGGAGAUCGUCUUCGAGCAUCCUCGGGGAUUCGUCAAUCACGGAGGUAAUUAUGUGUACUUGUGCCUCCCGUGGUUGGGCAAGGCGGAGUGGCACGCGUUCUCUCUCUACGCGCAUCCGACGCUCGAGAACCACAGCAGUGUGUGCGUCGCGAAGUUGGGCGACUGGACCGGAGCGCUUCACCGCGCCGUGCCCAUGCCUACCGCCAAGCCGGGCUGGGUGUACGGACCUCACCCGUCGCCUUUCAGCGGCGCCACCCAAGCCGAAAGCAUGGUCUGCGUGGCGAGCGGCAUCGGCAUCACGCCGACGCUGGGCACCGUUAAGUUUCUGGCGGGGUCGCGUAGGGUGAACGUGGUGUGGAUGUGCAGGCAGCCAGACUUGAUCGAGUACUUCCUUCGCACUGUGUCGUUUGACGACAAGGCGUGGACGCUCAUCUACUACACGGGCCAACGGAAACUGGUUAUCUCUGAAGAACAGUUCAUUCAGAAUCCGAGAAUUCUUCUCCUCCGGGGCCGGCCGGAUCUGAGGCAGCUCAUUCUGGAUAUCAUGCACGCGUGCGAGACGGGUGGCGACUUACCCCGCGCCACGCUCGACAAGGCGCGUGAGAUGUACCGCGAGACCUUCCGCUGCGGCGCGACGCAAAAGUUCGAAGCGCUGAUGGAGCGGUUGCAGCUCACCUACAGCAAUAAGGAUCUGUUCAGAAGCGCGCUGCACUGCACGAUGAUGGCGGCGCACGAUUUGGGCAAGGACGUCGAUGAAGUCGACAAAGUGACCCUGGAGGGUUUCGCCAGGUUCGUGAGAGACACGAGCAAGGUGCGAGGGCUGCUGAACGCGAGAGAGCUGGAAAGUGUUUUCUCUAGGUAUGAUUUGUCCCGCGACGGGUUCCUGAGCAAGGAACGGCACUUCGAAAGGAGAUGUUCCCUUGGAAGAUGUUCCUUAGAUGGUGAACAGGAGAAGGCGGCUAAGCUGAAACGAAUGGUUUCGCUCUUGGUGUCCGGGAACGCCAUUGUGCGCGACACCGAGCGCGAUUACGGCAACUGGCAGAUCCUCUACUGCGGCGGCACGGCGGCGGUGGUGAAGACGGUGAAGGAAAUGCACGACGAGCUGGGCGUCGGGGUGUCGAUCGAGUCAUUCGACUGGUGA